AUGACAAAAUCAAAAAAAGGUGAUACAAUGACAUCCCAAAAAGGUGAUACAAUGACAUCUCAAAAAGGUGAUGUAGUGUCAUCUCAAAAAGACGAUACAAUGACAAACAAUAAUCAAGUUAUUACAAAUUCAGAAAUGGGUGAUAUGAUAUGUGAUGUUAUAAAUGUAACCAAUAUAGAUUCAGAUAAUAAUCCUAAUUUAUUAAUUUUAAAUAAAAAAAAAAAAAAAUCAAAAAAAAAAAAAAAAAGACAUUCUUUUGUUAAUUUAAGAGAAUGGACAAAGAGAAUUCAAAGAAAAUAUGAAAAAAAAAUAAACAAAAAUAAUAAAAUAAACAAAAAUAAUAAAAUAAAUCAAACUAAUACAAAUAAUGAUAAUUCUUUAACUUCUUAUUCUUCUUCUUCUUCUUCUUCUUCAUCUUCCUCAUCUAAUUCUAGAUGCAAUUUGAAUCAAAAUUUUUAUUAUCCUUCUGAUGAAUCAAAUUUUGAUUCUGAUAUUGAACAGCGAAUUCGAAAAUUUCUAAAACUAGAAACUUCAACUAUUCCUACAAAAAUUAAAAAAAAUAAAUUAGAUUCAGAUAUUAAAAAUAAAAUAAUAAAUAAUUCAGAUAAUCAACAAGAAUCACCAAUUGAGCAAACAAACAUAAAUAAAAAUCAUAUAAAUGAAAAUAAUAAUGAUAAAUUAGUUACUAAUGCUGAAAUAUCUAAAAACUUAAACGAUAUUAAUGAUAAUAACAUUUAUAAUCAAGAUGCAAAUGUGGAAUCAAAUUAUAACAAUUUAGAUGUUACACAUAAUAAUGAUAUAAAAUCUUAUAAUGAAAAUGUAAAUAAUUUAAAUAAUGAUAAAACAUCUACAAAAGAAAAUACAAAAUUAAAUAAUGCCGAAGAAAAUUAUUUUAAUAUCAAUGAAAAAGAAAAAAAAAUAAAUUUUCCUGAUUCAAACAAUUCUGCUAAAACUAUAAUUUCACAAGAAGUACAUCAAACUGAUAAAUCGGAAAAAGAAACAAAUUAUGAUGAUAAAAAAAAUAAUAAUAAAAUUAAAAAAAGAGAAUCUGAUAAGUUGAUUGAUACCUCAUCAAAUCAAAUUAAUGGUAAUAUUGUAACAUCUUCAGAAUCUAAUAUUAAUAAAAAUGCUAAGCAUCAGUUUGAAAAUUCGAAACGAAAUGUCAACUCUCCUUCCAAUCUACCCACAAAAAGUGAUAAGGAAAAAAUUGAAAAAGAAAGGGGAGAUAAGGAAAGAGGCGAAAAAGAAAGAGGCGAUAAAGAAAGAGGCGAAAAAGAAAGAGGCGAUAAAGAAAGAGGCGAUAAAGAAAGAGGCGAUAAAGAAAGAGGCGAAAAAGAAAGAGGCGAAAAAGAAAGGAAUGAAAAAGAAAGGGGGGAUAAGGAAAGAGGCGAAAAACGAUCACCAGAGCAAAGUCAGGAUCGAACCCGGAAUAAUAUCAACAAAGAUACAUCUGAAACGACUAAUCACCAAGAUGGAGAAAAAAACAAAAAUAACAAUCCUGAAUCCAAUGCCAGCAAAAAGGGAAAUAAUAAUAAUAAUAAUGUUAAAAAAAAUUCACAAAAUAAUGAUGAUAAGAUCAAAGAAAAAGAAGAACCCAUGUCACUAAGACAACGAAUUUUAAGUUUUAUUCCAGGAAAAAAUUAUUUAACAAAAGAUAAAAAUAAAGAUAACAAAAAAAAUGAACAUGAAAAAGAUGAUAAUAAUACUAAUUCACUUAAUAUUGAUCAUAAUAAUGAUAAACAUAAAGGACUGGAAAGUCAUCAAAUAUCUGCAAAAAAACAUAAUCAAUAUAAUCACAAUUCAUCACAUAACAACGAUAAAAAAAGAGAACGGAUAAAAGAUAAAGAUGAAAAACAAGAUAGCCAUAUCGACGGACAGAAAGAAAUAGAUAGCGAACGAAAUAAAAAAAGACCUAGAAAUAGAGAAACGGAAAGAGAUAGAAACAGAGAAGUGGAAAGAGAUAGAAACAGGGAAGUAGAAAGAGAUAGGAAUAGAGAAGUGGAAAAAGAUAGAAACAGAGAAGUGGAAAAAGAUAGAAACAGAGAAGUAGAAAGAGAUAGAAACAGAGAAGUAGAAAGAGAUAGAAACAGAGAAACGGAAAGAGAUAGAAACAGAGAAGUAGAAAGAGAUAGAAACAGAGAAGUAGAAAGAGAUAGGAAUAGAGAAACGGAAAGAGAUAGAAACAGAGAAGUAGAAAGAGAUAGAAACAGAGAAACGGAAAGAGAUAGAAACAGAGAAGUAGAAAGAGAUAGAAACAGAGAAGUAGAAAGAGAUAGGAAUAGAGAAACUGGUAGAGAUAGAAACAGAGAAACGGGCAGAGAUAGAAACAGAGAAGUGGAAAGAGAUAGAAACAGAGAAAUGGAAAAAGAUAGAAACAGAGAAGUGGAAAAAGAUAGAAACAGAGAAACGGGUAGAGAUCGAAACAGAGAAACGGGCAGAGACCGAAACAGAGAAAUUGAUAGAGACCGAAACAGAGAAAUUGAUAGAGAUCGAAAUAGAGAAAUUGAUAGAGACCGAAAUAGAGAGAUGGAAAGUGAAUCAAGUACGACCCGAAAAAGAUCACAUGGUAAUGAAAAUGAUAGUAAUCAUAAUAAAAACAGUAAUAGUGUUUUGAGAAAAGUACAUGACUAUAAUUCUUCUGAACAUCCUGAAAAAGAAAGACAUAUUUAUAAUUCAUCAGAUAAUCAAUCUCGAAAAUAUCAUUCUCAUACAAAUAAAACAGAUGAUAACGAAAAUUGGGAAACAAAAAUGUCAAAAUUGAAGGAGAAAUUAAUAAAAAAAAAUAUGAACAAAUAA